GACCAGAGUAAAACAACGAACCUUUUUUUUUUUCAGGAAGAUUUUUAACAGAAUUAUAAACGUUUGAUUUAAUUUGCAGUCAUUUCCAGCUCCUUUGGUAAAUCUGGAUAGCAUUUGAAGGCUGUGGUAGUGCAACUUCUUGAAAAAAUGCAAAUUGCAGGAAGAGAACUGACUGUGAAAUUCAUUAUAUACUGAAUAAACUCAAGAAAUUAUCAACAUUACAUAAAAGGCAUUGUUCAUAUACGCUGUACAGAAAUAUAUGUAUAACGGGUACAAAAUAGCAGUUAGCAAUUAUGGAGUCUGUGAAUUCACAAGAAAGAAACUCAGAGACCCUUACAUCAUCAGUGUCUAGACACACUUUGCAGGGUCAGGAGUACAGACCAAAACGCAGACUUGCUAAGUGUUCUCAGUCGCUAAAGUUUGUACUAGCAAGGCCCACAAAAGAGAGGAGAGAACUAGUUAAGAAUCCCAUCAGUUCAUAUAACGGCAGUGUUGAAACAAUGGGCACAGCUGGACAUCUAGGAUGGAUAGAGAGUCCUGAAGUUGAUGUUAACAAAAGCAUCUCUCUUGUACUAGAAAAGGGAGAGAGAGAGACCAGUCUUGGGGACAAACGUUUAUCUCCCAGCAUACCCAGCAUAUGCAGCAAUAACAGUUUACCUUUUAUGUCAGAGCUGGAAGGAGAAACAAAGCUUGCUGUGCCUGCGCAGCCAAGCUUAGACUGUGAAAGGGACAUGAGUUGGUCAGCCAAACCAAAGCAGACCACUGUAGCUGAGGGUGAGAAGAGAUAUGAUACUGAGGAAGAUUAUGCAUUAUCCAGAGAGGAUGAGGGUACCAUUGCCAACUCUGAGGGAUUGAGUGGGGUCAGAGAUGAGUCUAAAAGCUUGAAAGCAGUAUCAAUUGCCUCCAUGGAAAUCUGUUGUCUACAGCCUAGACAGAAUAUACAGCUCAAGCCACAGUGUGAGGCUUUAUAUUCUAAUCUUUCUUCUGGAUGUGAAGCUUUGCCAGGUCACUUGAUGGUCAAAUCCAUACCAAGUCAACCAACUAGGGAUGCAAGUCAAAAGUGUAGCAUGACUGUAACCAGCAUCAGUGUCUUGAAAGAUUAUUGUCUUGGUUUCAAGACACUCACUGAUAACACCAAGAAUCAGGAAUCUAGGAAUCUUUUUGAUGAUGUUCAGAUUCAGGAAUCUCUCAGUUGGUUGGAGAAAUCCACAAUUGAAGAAGAGAAGACAAGAAGCAACUCUGGAGAGGGUAGCAGCAUGCCUCAGUUGGACGAUACAAAGGGGAAGGCUAAUGCUGGAGCAAAAGAUAACAGUAUAGCCAGUCAAGAAAUGGAGGAGCCUCCACGAGAAGAAAUAAAGCCAAGUACCAGAAGUGUCUUUUGCACAGUGGAAUUACCAGAUAAGUAUCUUGGAAUGGAGUUGGAAAAUGUGAAAGAGACACUCAUGACACCUCCAAGGCCUCUUCACCCCGAGCAGCAUGUGGAAAAUGCGACUACGAGCACCAGUGAGGAAGCUGACACUCCCUUGAGCAAACAGCAGAUGAGUGGAACCUACUCUCCUUUUCCCACUCAGAAGGAGACAUUCCCUGAUGGUAGCAUUGCAGGAGAAACAGUUUGCAGCAUUGCAGAGGAAAAUGAGGAUGACUCCAGUGUAGAGAAUACAGUGAGAGAGGAUCCUAGUAGAGAAAAAAAAGAUAUUGAAAAAGUCCAAGUGAAAAGGUCUGCCAGGAAGAAGGUGAAUCACUAUCGGAAACGGAUGCUCUUCUCCCCAAGGAAAAGAUCGGCAGCUCCGAGAGUCCUUUAUUCAAUGAAGAUGCCUCAGCUGGAAGAGGAUUUCAAUAUGGUGCAAUGCUCAGAGUUGCCUCUUGUGAUUGGAGAGAAUAGAGAAGAUGGGGUUGGAACACUAAGGACAGUACUUGUUGAUAGAAAAGAGAGUAAAUCAAGUGAUGCUGAUUCUAGGCAGAUAUACUCUCCCACAAAAUCAUCAACAACUGCCAGUAGAGAUAAAGCACAGAAUUACUGUAAGGUAAAGAGCCCCUCGGCACCAAGGUCUGUAAAGCUUCAGAGAUUUUUAGCUCUACGUCAAAGCCUGGGCUGGUUUCCUGAAAUGCCCAGUUCACAGGAGGUUUUGCCACAUGACAAGCCUUUGGAGAGCAUGAAACCUGGCAGAAGGAGCAGAACGAAGAAAUGCACCUAUCCACUCUAUCCUGUGCAUACCAUUAUCAGAAAGCUCUCUAGGACCAAGUAUUGGAAAAAAAGUUUGUUGGAUAUCAUAAGGAGAAGGAAAGAAGAUAUUACUUUCCACAAGCCAGAAACAGUACAGAAGGUUAGAGGUAAAGAUUGCAGGAAAACUAGACUAAAAGUAAGUGAACAUUCCAAUCUGAAAGCAGAUUCAAAAGGAACAAACAGUCACAGUUAUGUAAAAUAUAAUGAUAAAACCCUAGAUCUUAGGGCAUCUGCAGAGCAGCAUGUUUGUUUAACAAAUGAGGUGUGUAUACUUUCACCUGGUGCUGAAAUUCAGAGAUCAUUUCCCAGAAGCAGUUCAAGAUGCAAAGAAAAACAGGAUCUCUCCCAUAGCAAGAGGUGGCUAAGGCAUAUAAGAACCAUGAAUAAUUACUCAAGUGGCUCCGCUUCAAAAGCAAGGACCUGUUAUAGCAAAAAAGGCUCAUCACCAAAAUACAUGAGCUCUGAUUCUCUCAAGGAACAAGAGCAAGAAGGAAGUGACAGGUUAAGGAAGACUGAUGCUAGUUGUAGGGAUGCAAAUGAAAAUAGAGAAGAUGAGUCCUUUAUCAUCAACUUGAGACAGAAACUCAAGUUAAUGAGAGGUUGCUUUUCAUUUUUGUCUGUUGCAUCAGAUGAAAGUCAAAGGAAGAUUGCCUCACUCUUGUCAGUAGAGAUAAAGAAGAUGGAAAGUAUUUUGUCAGACUCUAAGGGCAGUGCAAAAGAUACAACAGAAAAUAUACAGAAAAUGGGAAGCAUGUCAAAAUCAAAUGGUUUUGAAAAGUAUCUCCUUGAAGCAAAUGAUUCAGUGAGUAUGACUGGCCUAAUGGAAGAAAGUGAUACACAACAAAGUGAAAGAGAAGUUCAAGCGCCAUUGUUGUCAGAACAAGAAGUACAGUUAGAGGAGGUAGAGGUUACUUUGAGCAUUGCAAAGAAGGAAACUGAAAGUCGGAGGUCACCAGUAUUAAGAAAAGAUAAAACAGCUGACACAAAUACAAGGGGAAGGAUGAGGACAGUGGCAGAUUGCACAGAAAAGGCAUGCAUUUCUUCUGCAUUAAAAUCAGCAGUUACUGUUACAACCUCAUCACCAAAGAUUUACAGGAAAGGGAAAAAACUUAUUGGCAGGAGAAAGAAAAGUUAUGGGAGAGGGCAGAGAGCUGAUAGCACUAGUGAUGGUGCAACACCUGUGCAAAGGCCAGCAAGUGAUUGUGAAUCAUCAGAAACUGAAGGAGAAUCCCCUGUGGAUAUUGGAAUGGAAGUGAAUAAGAAUGUGCAGAAAAUAGUAGGUUCCACAUGUUUUGGUGUAGAAUCCAGUGGAGGGGCAAACAUGAUCUCCGUAUCAGAAUCUGCAGUCACCUCAACACCCACAAGAUUAAAGAGGAAUUUUAAGAAAAGAAGAACAUUAAUUGGCAGGAGAAGGAAAAGUCUCAGAAGAGGGCAGAAUGAGAAAAGUUAUGUUUCAGCAGCUCCAAAGCAUGAAAAAGCAAAUAGUUUAGAUCCAGUGCAAAUGAAAGCAAAUGGUUUAGAAACAUCAGGGAUCAAAGGAGGAUCCACUGUGGACGUAGGAGUCAGUGAGAGUGAGAACUUUCAGGAUGCAUUGGAUCCAAGCUGCUUUAAUUUUAGAUUAGGCAGAGGGACUGCCACAACAGAAUGCCCAAUAGAUUUCACUAACUUCCUCGAUGAAGUGAUUGGCUUCGAGUCAGAGAACACUACCCCCUUUGGGCUACCUGAAAUUGAAGAGGCAGCAUUCUCAGAUUUAGCAAAGGAAGGACAGACAAAUGCUAAUCUGUUUGAAAAUGAAGGUGGUAGUGUUGAUGGUACUUUGGAGGAUGAACGGGAAGGGAGUGAUAUGGGGGAAAAGGGACAUUUACCUGAGAGUUGUCUAGAGGACUUUGCGCUUACAUGUGACUUGCGUGCACAACUCAUGAGAGACCUGGACCUCUCAAGCAGUUUUUCUCCAGCAAGGAGUGAGAAAGAGUAUUCGUAUUUUGAUCAUGAAUUAGGAAAAGGACACACUAAAGAAUUUCAGAUAAGUUCUCUUGCUCUUGACAGCAUUGAUAACCAAAGUUGUGAUUAUACAAAGAAUUUUGAUGUAGAUAUUGAGUGUGAGACUCUGGCAGGUGAAGGUAAUAAUGAAAAGGAGAGUGUGGGCAGUCAGGAUGAAAACCUCACAGAUUUGACAGAGGUUGAGAAUGUCGUCAAAAAACUAGUUGAGUCAGAGCCAUGCACAGGCCUUGUUACAAGUACUAAUGCCAAGGAAAUCCACCAGGAAGCCACCACCUCACAAAAUGCAGAGAAUAAGCUUCAAAAUUCAACCCAAAACUCACCUGUCAUUCCAGACCAGGAAGACAAAAUUGACAGAAGGGAAUCAGAAAAGCUAGAUGUGAGACGUAAAGAAGGUGUGGAAGAGAAUGGGAAUGAAGUGCAAGAUGAUGAACAACAGGAAGGGGAGAGACCCAUAUGCAAGGAUCAGGACUGCUUAGUAGGAAAUAAGGAGAAGGACAAUCUUGCAUCAUUCUUAAGGGAGAAUUCUAAUGCAAAGCAGGAUUCAAAUCCAGCAUCAGAUUCAGAUUGUGAAGAUGUGCUUUCCAUCUAUGCUCAGGAUGUGGCAGAUCUGGAUAGUGACUUGGAAAAUGAAGAAGCGGGUUGGAAAGAGAAUAUGGAUGAGUCAGAAAUCCUGGAUGAGAAUCCUGAUAGUGCAUUGCAUUCUUGGAGUGAACAUAGAGAAAUAAACAGUCCCACAGGGGAUGCUAGAAGUGUUACAAAGUAUCCUGCCAACAAGCUCUCGCUCAUCUCAAGGACUGCCAUUAACGAGAGUGCAAAUAAUCUAGUUAUAGUAUUUAGUGAUUCAGAGAAGGAAAGGGAAGGAGAGGAAGAGUUCAAUGAUGAGGACUCAAGAUGGUUUUUGGGAAGGAGAAGGAGUGAGAUGGAGAGAAAACCCAAAAAUGAUGAUAAACCUGGGGAAGGAGAGGCCAUUGCAAAGGCCAGGGGUUGCAUGAGAGCUGGGGAGAGUUUGGAACGGGAGGCGAGUUGUGCUCAGAGUGCGUCUUCUGCCUGUGGGAAGAGGACACUGGAGGAAGGGAACAGUGGCAGGGAAAAAACUCAGAAGUGUGCAAAACAGAGCAGUGAGCUUGAAGAUGGAGUGAGCAGUGAUUUUGAGAUGGGACAAAAGACGGCAGAUGACUUGGUGAUAGUCUCUGCAACUCAGGCUAGUGUUGUUGAUGUAAGCACGAUUGACAGAGGAAAUCAAAUGCCUGUUGUGGCGAGAGCAGAGAGGGAGGGGAAUGAAAGGGACAUUUCAAUGCAGAUCCACUUGCCAGUGAAGCCUGUAGGUUACUGUCACAGGGCUGUAGAUCGAGGAUGGUGUGACAGGAGCAUCUGCCGGUUCAGGCAUGAGAUGUCAAAAGAACUGGAAGCAUACUACAGUCAGCUGAUGCUUCACUAUGUGUCACAGGGAAGGGCACACUUAGGAUGGAGGGUCCUUGGCUUCAACACUGUCACUGCUGUCAACAACCCGUAUUUGAGAAUUAAUAUCCUCAUGCCUCUUGCACGUCACCUUGUGCAAGGUACCUUUAGGGAUGUGAAGGUCCCUUCACACGUCACGCCACUGCUCGACAUUUCAAAAUUACGAGCUCUUUGUGAGGCUGGCAAGGGGUUUGAGGCUUACAAGCUGUUGAAUACGUGCCAUACCUCCUUCCCCCCCUACAUGUUGCAGCUCCUCUUGCGAGAGUUUGUUAGAUACUGCGAGUGCUGGCCAGUGAGAGAUGCGGUGACUCCGUGGGAGAAGGUGCAGUCGUGGAAGUGGAAUGAGGGACAGGGAACCAUUAAGGACCUCCUUAACAUCAGCUGGCUGGACUUCCAUCUGAGACAGAGGAAUGGGGCUAUGGUGUGUAGAGCAUAUGAUUACCUGUGCCAGUCGAUCAAGAUACCCUCAGCCUUUUUCACGCACAUCACAUGUUCUGUAAUAAAAUUCUUCAAUGAGAUGGGUGACAGAGAGAAAAGUUUUAAUGUUCUGAAAGAAGUUCGGAGACUGAAUGCCAAGGAUCCCAAGAUUUUUACCCUACUUGUUCCACCAGACCAGGAAACUGCAAAACAUCAUACGACAGAGGUCCUUGAAUUAGUGCAGUUUGUGUGCGAGGAGAAGGUGCAGCUGUCAGUGCCAACUUUCACACUUCUCAUUAAUGCCAUAAGGGCCAUUGAUCAGCUGGUGCUCACAAUAGACCUUAUUAUUUGUGCUGUUAAGGUGUGUCAGUAUGACCCAGAGGUUUCUCUGCUGGAAAUUCUGAUACUUGAUAGCAUCCGCAAGUUCCCGCAACUCCUUUGGCCAGUGUCAAACCUAGUCUGUGUCCUGCCUGCCAAGUCCCUCGUCCUCCUCAGACCUACCCUGAGACAUGCUUUGGAUAUGCUCCACUUUGCACCUCCGCCAGCACAGCAGGUUGAGGAGAAUAUUGUUUGUUAUUGCCACAGUAAGGGGGUGUUUUUAUAUGAAGAGCCAGUAGGUCAGUUUGCACAGAGAGGCAGAGAAGGGGGUGCAAAGGCCAGUCCCAACAAUCGUCUGAGAGCAGUUGGGAAAGAAACUUUAGGCAGUCAAGGCCAUCAAGAGGUACUUUGUAAGGACGGUAAUGUAACUAUCCCUUCUCAGCCCAGCAGAUUCAGAGUAGGUAACUGUGAACAAGAGAGGAUGGGCCCAGGCCUAAAAGAAAGCAAGAGAGGCCCAUCUCUGCCAUCUUUGGUAAUGAAGGAACAGGUGAGAGCCCCAUCACCCGUGCAGUUGCAAAACACCCUCCAAAAGCAACCAACAUCCUUAAGGCUUGGUAACAAAAUUUAUAGGAACACUGGUCAUCAGUCUCAGAAAUCUUCAUCUAUUCCAGAUGUUCCAAGGCCUAUCCUUCCCAGAUCCCCACAAAUACAGAAUAUUCCUGGAUUCUUAAAGAAUAAUUCUUUACCACCAGGGAUUAAAAUUAAUAUCAUUGGCUGGCCCAAUGUUGAAACUAAACACAUAAUGAAUAAUGCAAAUCAAGUCAUUCAGAAGUUAAAGAGCAAACACACUGACAAUGUAACUGUGAGUAAGCUAUCCACUCAAAAUGGUAUACCUCAAAAGGCUGAAGGAUCAAGUGCCAUUACUGGGAAUUGUAGCCAAGUUCAGAGCCAUUCAGUGGAAAUGGAUGAGGCUGGCUCUGCAGGGGAAUUGAAGAUCUCAAAGUGCAUUCCGAGCAACCAUAGGAUUGCAUCUUCAAGGUCCAAGAUGGACCAUUUGCGAUUCAUGAUGCCAAAAAGCAGAAAAGGACUCCCUCCUGUGGAAACCAUUGCAAAAGGUUCUGAAAAGUCGAUUUCAGAGCAAGUUCAGAUAUCCAGUUACAUAAUGGAAUCAAAGAGCACUAUGUUUGGCGAUUUUGAAAUUGAUUUGCAGGGAGCUCCAGAGCAAAGUUUAGUCUCAGAGAAUGAGUGUGCAGAGGUUGAACAAGGAGAGUCAAACCCCAUGGCAACCCUAACUAAAAUUCUGCGAGGAGUGACGAAGGUGGAGAACAAGACUGAGAGGAGAUUGAGGCUAACAGAAGUAUUUAAGGAGUUGAGUAAAGGAGAGACUCUGAGGAAGACUGCAAGGAAUUUCUCUAACAUUGUCAGAGCUUUGAAAGGCACAAACAACUUAACAGCUGCUGAAGAGGUCCUUGGUGAGCUUGGUGUGUCUCUGAUGAUAGAGUGCUCUGAGCAGUGUUGUGUGGCGGAGGCUGCAUCAGUUGUCAGUGUGCUUCUUGAGAGUGAUUUGUUAGUCAGUGCAUAUUUGCCACUACAGAAGGAAAUCCCUCCUUCAGAGCAAGCACUAUCUGUGAUGGCCCUGGAGGCACUACACUUGACAGAAGACUGGGACACUUUCAUGAAAGUCUUGGAUGAUGUGUACUGGUCUGGAGGCUCAGAGGAUGUCCAAACAAAACUGAAAUGCUUAUCCAGGAUACUCCAGUCUCUACUGGCAUCAUCAGUGCCAGUUGACUCCAUCACACACAUUGCAAGGCUUCAGAAUGCAGUCAAGAUCCUGGCUUCACUUGUCAAGUAUUUUCGGUAUGAUGUCCAAAUAAUAAGGAAUGAGUAUGCUAAGAUCAUAGAUUUAGUCACUUUCUUUAUCAAGACUUGGAAGUGUGUUAAUGAAUCCAAAGUCCCUACGCUGAUAAUGGAAGUAAAAACACUUGCUUUAGAGGCAAAGUCCUUUGGUAUCGAAGUCCCUGAAGAAAUUGAAGAAGCGGAGAGAUUUUGUGUUUUGGAAAGACGAGAGACUGACAACUUGCAUAUGGAUGGACAUAUACAAAAGACUACAAGAUUACAGCAAAAUGUUAGCAUUGAAGGAGAGUCUAUUUUCAAGGGUCAGAAGAAGCCACAUCAGCCUGUGUGUCAUGUGAAUAAAGGAGCACUCUGGAGACCUUGCAAACAGGAUGUGGGAAUGCUUGGGGGAAAUUGCAAACCGGGAUUGGCAAUGCAUGGCAAAAGUUACAUGGAAAUAAGAGACAUCCAAGGAAAGUCCUUCCUCCAGGGGAGAGCAGUGCCUACUGCAGGUACCACCAGCAUUUGGGACUUGCCAGAGGAGAGAGGACCCAGCAUAACGGUAUGCUUGCAAGGAAACAGUGAUGCUAACAUUGCAAGGAAGGUGGUCAUGCAUGGCCAAACAAGUCCGAGAAUAGAGAAACGAAACCAGGCCCAAGCUCCCAUUGGUAGCUAUUCCACAAUGGGGAGAAGUGGUUCCGGGAAUAGACAGGUAUACCCUUCAGUAUCACCAAACACGCAAGUCAGAAGACUCAGGAUGGAAAUGCAGAAUCCGUCAGGGCUUGUAGGGAGGGCCAGGCAGCAGUCGGCCAAAAGACUGACAACUUCACACAACUCAGUAGAAGCAAACCCAGGAAGUGAGUUCCUCAGCAAGGGCUCCAAGAGGUUUAGGAAGGCAAAGUACAAGGGGAGCAAAAGACAGUUGCUGAGACUGGCACUCAGUGAUGAUUGAAGAGGGGAUUAAAGUAUGAUAAUUGUGAUGAAUAGAAUAGAUUUAGUGAAAAUAUAUGAGUAUUUUUCUGGGGGUAAAAAUUGUUUUCCUUUUUAUUAUUAUUAUUAUUUUUUUUUUUUUCAAAAAUAGAUAUAUACAGAUUGUAUUAGAUUGUGAAGUAUUAUAUAUGCCUAUAUAAUAUAAUGAUAAGUAUUAGAAAGAUGAUUACUUUUGCCUUUCUCCUCUGCCAUUGCUUACAUCUCCUUUUCCUCUGUCUUCCCUCCCUUCUUCUUUUCCUCUCUUUUGUCUCUUCUCACCUUUCUCUUGUUCCUCUUCCCUCACAUCUUUCUCUCUUCUUUUCCUCCCUCCUCU